CUUCAUCUCACGCCCAGUCGUCUCCAACUUGGACUGCAACUCCGCCAAUUUUUUCAGCUGCUAAUCGUUUUCCAUUCCCCCACUCGUUCGUUUUCAUGAUGAGAUACACACCGAAAGGGGUCAGUCAUUGCUUUCAUCGCGGCCGAAGAUUUACAAUUAGCGCGACGGAGCUGAUGGGAAACCAAGCCCGAAAAUGGUUUUUACAUCCGCUUUUGGCACCACACACACAUCAAUUCGCUACAGGGAAAGCAAGGCUUUAGGUGCAGGGAUAUCAACAAAUGGUAUUAGUGAGAGCCGUGGUCUGAAUGUUCGGAAUCAUUGAACGACAGCAUCUCGGUACCGGAAUUGAAUUGGAUCUCAGAUCGGGUGUGUUAGCUGAGUUUUGAGAGCAGUACACUCUCUACCUUCUUGCAAUGUCGAGCAACAUUGAAAACACCAACAUCCCAGAGCAACUUCAGGCCAUUAAAUCCGCCCUCGAGGCGACCGAGCGCCCUUUCUUCUGCACUGGUAACAUCCCAUUGGAUGAGAACGUAUCCAUCACUAUACUGCUUUCCGAAACGUCUGGGGAAUCAUCACCCAAAUUCACUCCCGUCUCUUUCCCGCUGAAGAAUGAAAGCGAAAUUGUGCCACUCAUCAAUGCAUCUAGUCAGGCCUCGUUUGGGAAGGGAAAAGAAGACGUGUUUGAUCCUUCGUACCGUCGCGCCCUCGUGCUUCAAAAGGAGAACUUUGGAGUUUUUCCUGCAGGGAGCCUGGACCCUUAUAGUCUAGGUAUCAUUACUUACAUAUCCAAGUUUCUGCUUCCUUCGAAUCCGCACUCGCCCGCCGGACAGAUGAGCGAUGAUGAGAACUUUCUGCAUGCACUGGAAGCAGACACUGGAAGGGUCCGGAUCAUUGCUUGUUUGGACAAACUUAACGUUUAUUCUACUGGCGACUUCUUCAAGGGACAUAUCGAUACCCCUCGCUCCUCAGACAUGUUCGGGACACUGCUUAUCAAUUUGCCUGCCCGACACGAGGGAGGUCAGCUUGUGGUCAGAGCACCAGGAACGGAAAGUAGCAACAACAGCCUGGGCCACGAGGAGUACACUACACAAUGGGGAAGCGGCGCAAAUCUCGAGUGGAUAGCCUUCUUUUCUGAUUGUGAGCAUGAAGUUUUGCCAGUCACGAGCGGCCAUCGAGUGACGCUCUCGUACACGCUCUCGUUUGAUAGCACUAGUAGCGACAAUACAUCAUUUGGCACCGAUUUCUUGGCUGAAUCGGGUUCCAAUCACAAUCUCAGUCUGCUAUAUCACGCACUCACUGCUCCCAGUGUUUUCACCAACAUCGAACAUCCUCGUCUGUGCUUCUAUCUGGAACAUCAAUAUCCCAUGGACGGGGCAUUGGAGAAGGCGGAUUCAGUCAGUCACAAGCUCAAAGGUCGUGAUGCCGUUCUUUAUCACAUGUUAAUUCAAACGGGGGUCAGCAUCACCUUUCACCACGUUCUCUUCGCCGAGUACCACUCCGAGCAUCGAACUCGUGCAAUACUCCCUCGAUCUGCCAAGCUCCACACAUGGGGCGAGAUGGAAGGCGGCGUAAAUACAUUGAUCCGUACACACAAAGGCCGGAGCCCCGGGAGGCUAGGGAUCAUCGAAGUGAAUGGGAAUCCUAAAAAGUUCGUUAAGGUGGAUUUUGUCGCAUACGGCAAUGAGGCCUCGUUGGAGACGGCGUAUGGCACUGUAUGCAUGGUGACAACCGUGCGGGGAUUUGAUGUUGACGAGCCUUGGAGAGUCCGCCACGACUAUCAUGAAUAUUAAAACGAGUAAUCUGGCUGUGAUCUGUAUGACAAAGCUGCUUUUUUUCUUGCGUUCACAAGCUUGAAGCACUUGUAAAUGCGAACGGCGGGACACAGUGGUAGCAACCCUUGUCAUUUGUUGCAUGAUCAACGUUAAUUCUAAACUU